AUGCGCUCACCGCGCACUUCGGACGACAACACCUUGAUCGACAUGGUUCGUGAUGGGUGCAUCGGUGACAACAAUGUGGUGUGGACCCCCUUUGGUGCGCGCCGCUUGACAUAUGCCGACUAUGCCGCUUCGGGCAGGUCGCUCGCGUUUAUCGAGGACUUUAUCCAGCGCGAGGUACUGCCGAUGUAUGGUAACACGCACACCGAGACUUCCGCGACCGCGUUGCAGACGACGCGGUUCCGGGAGGACGCGCGCAAGAUCAUUGCUCGCGAGGUCGGCGCCGGCGACGACUGCGCCGUGUUGUUUGCGGGUUCGGGAACAACUGCAGCGGUGACCAAGAUUAUCACGGCACUGGGUCUGCGGCUCCCCGAGUCGCUCGACGAGCGGUAUUCGCUCAGCAGGAGCAUUCCCAAGCAUGAGCGUCCGGUCGUGUUCAUCGGCCCCUAUGAGCACCACUCAAACGAGCUGCCAUGGCGCGAGACAAUUGCCGACGUUGUUGUCAUUCCCCCCACCAAGCAAGGUCUUGUCGACCUCGACCAACUUCAGAUCCAGCUCCGGGCGUACAGGGACCGUCCGUUGCGGAUAGGUUCGUUCUCGGCCGCGUCCAACGUCACGGGGAUCAUGUCGGACACGGACAAGAUUGCGGACAUUCUGCACCGACACGGAGCGCUCGCGUUCUUUGACUAUGCGGCCGGCGGACCACACAUGAAGAUUCACAUGGGCCGCAACAAGGACGCCAUUUUCAUCUCGCCACACAAAUUCCCCGGCGGAGUAGGCACCCCCGGUGUCCUGGUAGUGCGCAAGACGCUGAUGCGUACGCGCGUCCCGACGGUUCCCGGAGGUGGCACGGUCGACUUUGUGACCCCUUGGUUCCAGGCAUACACCGAAGACAUUGCGCACCGCGAGGAAGGUGGCACCCCGGCCAUUGUCGAGUCGAUCCGCGCCGGCCUCGCGUUCCAGCUCAAGGGCGCCAUGUCGACUGAUGCCAUGGUGGCACGCGAGCGUGCGAUCCUGUCGCGCGCCUUUGCGGCGUGGCGCAGUGAGCGUUCCAUCGAGAUUCUGGGCAACCCGGACGCGCCUCGCGUGCCCAUCGUGUCGUUUAUUGUUCGCUCGCCGUCGGGCCAGAUUGUGCACCACAACUUUAUCGUGGCGCUCCUCAACGACCUGUUCGGUAUCCAGAUCCGCGGCGGCUGCUCGUGCGCGGGACCCUAUGGCCACGACCUGCUCAACGUCAACAAGGACACGUCGUACGCGCUGUACUAUGUCGUCCGCGACCACAAGCAGGUCGGCAUCAAGCCCGGAUGGUGCCGAGUCACGUUCAAGUACUUUUUCUCCGACGAGAUUGUAAAGUACAUUAUCCGCGCAGUGGUGCUCGUCGCGCGGUACGGCUGGGCUCUCAUGCCUCUGUACACGUUCACACCCGAGAACGGGCUGUGGACCAACCGCCGCAAGCCCGAAAAGUCGGCGCUCUCCCUCGACGAGCUCGAGUACGGGUCCGACGGUGUGCUCCGCUGGCCGUCCCGCCAGCACCAAGUACCGCUGGAGGCCAUCCACGAGUACAUGCGCGAAGGCGAGGCACUCCUCCGCCGCGCCGUGUCGGGGGCAUACCCGGUGCGGCGGGACGAGUGUGGCUCCAUCGCCACUGAUUUCGACCGCGUUCUGUGGUUUGACCUCCCAAAGCAGAGUGUCAAGGGAUACGACGAGGAGCAAGCCCGCCGUCGCGGCGUGGGCGGCGGCUGGGUCGGUGGCCGCGAACGCUUCCCGCACGGCCGCGACAAUUCGUGGGACAGCAGCAGCAAGGCGUCGCCCGUCUCGUCCACCAAGACGCUGUACGAGAUCAACCCGUCCGAGCACAGCCACUCGUCGCACUCGCACUCGCACCACGCGUCGCCGACGCGCGGGACCAUGGCCCUCCCAAAGGCCUUCCCGGGCCCCCAUUCCCACUCUACCCCGCACUACAUGACCCACUCGCAGGUGUCGGCCCAGGUGCACACACACCUCCUGCCGCAGACACUGCCAAAGGUCCCGCCCAUCCCGGACGACAGCCCCAAGCAGAAGCGCUUCGGUCUCUUCCGGCCUCGGUCGCGCACCAACCUCCGGGCAGCCGCGGCUGCUUGA